AUGGCGGCGUCAAUGCGACUUGUAUCUGCUGAAGCAUCCUCGUCCACAGCUAAAGCACCAGCGGCCCCUUCAUCAUGCGGCUGCGAUCCACCAGCAGACUCUUAUGGCACAGUAAAGAACCCUCAAAAUGGUCCCUCUCAAGCCGACAUUGACGCCUGCGCCGAACUUCCCAUCCUAGACGUAAACGGCAAAUCAUAUCCAUUCAGGUCACUUUACACUGGCUCAGAGAAAGCCUCACAACAGCUCAUUAUCUUCGUCCGACACUUCUUCUGCGGUAACUGCCAAGACUAUAUCCGCGCCGUCAGCCACGCCAUCACCCCCGACGCGCUAUCCCACCUUUCUCCCCCCGCAGCAAUCACCAUAAUUAGCUGCGGCGACCCCUCAUUAAUCCCAAAGUACACCGCCACGACAUCCUGCCCCUACCCCAUCUUCACCGACCCGACGCGCAAAAUCUACGAGACGCUCGGUAUGAUACGCACGCUCGACCUCGGACCCACCACCCCGUCGUAUAUGCAGUCAUCCCUGCUCGGCGUGGUGGUGGGCAGUUUCUGGCAGGCGCUCAGCAGCGGGAGAAGUGCGCUAAAGGGCGGAGAUUUUUCGCAGGUGGGCGGUGAGGUGGUUGUACGGAACGGGAAGGUGGUGUGGGGGAGGAGGAUGAGGAAUACGAGGGACCAUGCGGAGAUUGCGGAACUGAGGAGGGUGUUGAGGUUGCCUGGAGAUGCGGAGGAGAGGGUAAGGAGGAGCAGCAGUAUUCGUGAUGUGGUGAGGCGGAGCUCGAGUUGGGCGAGGAGGAGUAGCGCUGGCAGGGGUUCUAGGCGGAGUAGUAGCGGGAGUCCGCUGAGGAAGAAGCAGGCGGAAGUAGAACCUGUGUCGAAGGGCGAUGGUACGAUUUUAAAUAGGAGAGCUGCGCCGACAGGCACUGGUGCAGAGUUGUGA